AUGGGCUCCACCCUGGCGCAGAUCGACUCGGCCGAGGAGGAGAGAGCUCUGACCCGGUAUAUGGAAGACCGAGGCAUGCCGAAGAAAAAACAGGUCUGUACGUCUUUUCAAAGUUGUAUAUCCGAGGAGAAUCACAGCAAGAGAAGGAAAAAAAUAAAAGCUGUGAUGUCUCCUCAAGAGCUAGAAGAGGAACUGAAAUAUUAUCAUGAAACAAUUUGCAGACUAGGUGCGUUUGGUCUUGUUCAACCAAGCACGUUUAACAUAUUACCAGUUCUUAAGGUCCCUAAGGGUAAACAAGAUCGAGCUCUUUUGACAGCACCCCCUGGAAUUUCAAUCCGAAACUCGUCGAUUCCUAACGCGGGUUUUGGUGCGUGGACAGAGAUGUUUAUACCUAAGAAAACAAUCCUUGGAAGCUAUGAAGGAAAACUAGUCCCUAUAUCCGAAGUCAGAGAUGCCUCUUACGGAUGGAUUAAAAACAUAGGUAAGAAUGUGUACAUGGUGGACGGUAUAAAUCCUACCCAGAGUAAUUGGCUCCGAUACGUUAACAGCCCAAGGACAGAUGCCGAGGAGAAUGUUUUACCCGUGGUUUGCAAAGAGAAUGUGUAUUAUGUAGUUCCCAGAGAUAUUGCUCCCAAAACAGAAUUAAUGAUUACCUAUGGCAGCAAUUAUGAUGAACUACUGGGUACAGUUAGAAACCACCCAGAUCUAGAAAUUCCACAAAGAUCUUGGCAAAUACGUGUAAACUCUGUUCACAUUGGACAGAAUUCCAGUUUGACGCAUGGCGACGGCUCUCCAGUCCUCUACACUAACUUCCGGCUACAUCUGAAGCCCUCGAAACCAAAACCCAUCAAAUUACUAUUGUCUUUUUACGAAGGAAAAUGGUCGUGGGCAAAAGAGGAGAACUAUUCAUUUUAUUCUGAUUUAAGGAACAAUUAUUUACAUUACCCUUUUAUUUGUGAGAAGAGUGGUAAUAGUGUUUGAAGUACAUGUAUAAAG